CGAAGACCUGGAAGAAAUGAUGAAGGUCCUAUUGAUCCCAAUACGAACAUAUUCUCAAUUUUUAAUUAUCUUGGUCGACCGAGUGGACAAUGUAAGCAAAGAUAUUUAACUGAUCAAGAAUGGCGAGCAGCCCAGACAUAUGUUUUACUUAAUUGUCCAGAAGUAUCACCAUAUUUCGAGAUUUUUCAAAACUUGUAUUCUGAUAUGCCAACACUAGAGUUUGAUCGUUUCUGCGAUCAAGAAUUUGCACCUUGGUUCAAAUCAUAUGUUUAUGAUAAUCAAGCUCAUCUCGAACAUCAAAUGUUAUUUCAUCUAUCUUGGGGUCCAAAAGCAAUGGUACGCACUUGGCCAGCAUAUUUUAUAAAUGGAUAUAAUUUUCAUACUCAAGAAUAUGGAAAAGGGAAGACUACAAUGAAUAGUGGGGUAUGUGUUCAGUCAUCCAAUGAUGGAGGUGUAAGCACUGAUUUUUAUGGUCUACUGGAUGAAAUUAUAGAGAUAGAAUACCCUGGUCCAGAAAUGCGAGUUAUCUUAUUUAUGUGUCGCUGGUUUGAUCCUAUCAGAGGGAUGAAGGUGCAUCCAUGUUAUAAUUUGGUUGAAAUAAAUCAUAAAAGAUUAUAUAAGAGAUAUGAACCUUUUGUUUUGGCACAACAAGCGAUUCAAGUGUUUUAUGCUUCAUACCCUAGCUUGAAACGUGAUAAAAUGGAUUGGUGGGCUGUUUGUAAAACUAAAGCACGGAAAAAAAUAGAGGAACAUUGGGAAGACAUUGCAUAUCAACAAGAGGAGGUUGUAAAUACAUUUCAGACCGAGGAAUAUAUUAUUCCAACAUUACGAGAUCCCAGUUGA